UGAAAUACAUGAGAGAAGCAACUCCCUAUGUGAAGAAAGGCUCCCCGGUUUCAGAAAUUGGGUGGGAGACACCUCCACCCGAAUCUCCCCGCUUGGGUUGCGCCUCUGCUGACCCCUUGUCGCAGCUUUCUCUCUCCAUCCACAGAGACAAGAAGACAAUACCGCUCAAGAUGUGCUACGUGACGCGCAACAUGACGGUGUCAGACCCCGAAAACAGACUUAUUGAAGUUCAUUCACCUGAUGCCAAGCACACCGUGGUGCUCAGGAGUAAGGAUUCGGCUACAGCCCAGGCCUGGUUCAAUGCCAUCCACUCCAGUGUCAAUGAGCUCAUCCCCAGGGUGAUUGCAGAGGUCAGAGACCAGCUGGGUAAAGCAGGGAUUGCUGGAAGUCGAGAGAUUAGGCAUCUAGGCUGGCUUGCAGAAAAGGUGCCAGGAGACAACGAGAAGCACUGGAAGCCAGUGUUAGUGGUCUUGACGGAGAAAGACCUCUUAAUAUAUGAGAGCAUGCCACGGAUGAAGGAAGCUUGGUUCAGCCCCCUGCAUACCUACCCCCUGCUAGCCACCAGGUUGGUCCAUUCUGGUCCAGGAAAAGGCUCACCGCAGUCCGGGGUAGAUUUGUCUUUUGCAACCCGUACCGGUACAAGGCAAGGGAUUGAAACCCAUCUGUUCAGGACGGAGACUAGCCGAGACCUCUCACUGUGGACGAGGAGCGUGGUGCAGGGCUGCCACAAUUCUGCAGAGCUCAUCACGGAAAUCACCACAUCUUGCACAUAUAAAAGCCAGGAGUGCCGUUUGACCAUCCAUUACGAACAUGGAUUCUCUCUUACAACUGAACCACAAGAUGGUGCCUUCUCUAAGACAAUUGCACAAUAUCCCUAUGAAAAACUGAAAAUGUCCUCAGAUGAUGGGAUAAGGAUGCUUUAUUUAGACUUUGGAGGAAAGGACGGAGAAGUUCAACUGGACCUUCAUUCCUGUCCAAAACCAAUUGUGUUCAUCAUUCAUUCCUUCCUGUCAGCAAAGAUUACACGACUUGGCCUGGUGGCGUAAGUGGGAUACAUCUGUUUCUUCAAAGACAGACGGAGUGACCAUGCUAAUCUGAAGGACAGUCAACAGCAGCAACCCGCACCAGCUAGCAGCAUACACCAGCUUGGGGUUCAGUACUGGGCCUUGGUCAUUUCUGGUCUUCCAAGGCCCAGGUUUCAUUUUGAUCAGUUAAAGAGGUGGCAUGACAAGGAAAACAGUGGAUUUAAUUGUAAAUAAUGGGAUUUUAAAAUCCUGUAUAAGACAGUAAAAGCGCGUAGUAUCAUACAUGUAAGUGUUUCAGAAUCAUAAAUUGUGCCUAUUUCAACAUACUUGUUUAUAUGGAAUAAGUAAAGGGCU